CAUCACGCUCACAGUCCACUGCCGCUACUCUGUACGCUGCCUCCGAUACUUGCAUAACCUCCCAUGGAUCAGAUCACUUCGUCGCUUGCUCCCCGUGCGUCUGCGAAGCCCUCGGUGGCGGGAGUAGGAGGAGACCCUGCUGGUAGUGUGACGAAACGACUCACCAGCGAGCUCAUGACUCUCAUGAUGUCCACGUCUCCGGGAAUCUCCGCAUUUCCCAAAUCAGAUGCCAACCUCUUUGAUUGGGUGGGAACGAUUGAGGGACCGGCAGGAACGGUGUACGCUGGCUUGAAGUUCAAAAUCUCGAUCAACUUCCCUCCGAAUUACCCCAUGGCACCUCCUGCCAUCAAGUUCGACUCCCCAUGCUACCAUCCUAACGUUGACAUCAACAGCGGUGGUAUCUGCUUGGAUAUUCUGCAGGACAAGUGGUCUGCGGUAUACAGCGUGCAGACGAUAUUGCUUUCUCUCCAAUCUCUUCUCGGUGAGCCAAACAACGCGUCUCCUCUCAAUCCCGACGCUGCUGCGAUCUGGGACUCGCCCGAAGACUUCAAGACGCAACUGCUCAAGUACUACCGCCCGAUCUCUGACGAAAGCUCGGACUAGUCCUGGCGCAUCAAGCGUCCUCUUUCUUCCUGUGUUUCAUGUCUCUGUAUCAAUCAUCCUCGUCUUGUCGCAUGAUUCGCUCUCCACCUGCUGGACAAUGCAUCUCCGGAACCCCCCUUAUGUCAUACCAAUGCCAUGUAUACAUCC